CAGAUGCUGUUGGUUGUUGUUUUGUGUUUAGCCAAAGUUUUGUUUAUUUCUCGCAAGUUUACAAUAUUAUUUUAUCAAAAAUAGGAGGACACGGGAAUAAUCAGCAACGAAUUAGUAUUUUUAUCCUUCUAGUCUGAAAAGGAAAAAAGUUUGAAACUGAGUUCAUAAAAAGACUAGCCGGUCUAAUGGGGAAGCAUAAGGAGUGGAGAAAGAUAGUUAAAAAGGAAAGACGGAAAAAAAUUAGAGUACAAAAAGCUGUGCAAAGAGAUUCUAAUUUAGUUAAUAACCAAAAAGAUACUGAACUUUGGCUAGAAGUACAACGAAGAUUAGAAGCAUAUGAAUAUGAGCAAAUUGAGAAGUCUAAUAUUGAAGAAAAUCGUAAAUGGGUUGAAGCUGAGUUAGUUGCAAUAAAUCAUUGGAAUAUUGUGCAAUUAAAAAAGCAACAAUUAAAACAGCUACGCUUACAAAAAGAAGCUCAGCGACAGCUGGAGUAUGAAUUGGAAAGAAAGCGCAUAAAAGAAGAGGAAGAUCAAUUGAAAAAAAUUGAAGAAGAAAAGAAAGAAAGACACUUGGCAUUCAUUACAAAUUUAGAAUGUUUCUUGGCUGGCAGUUCUGUGGACCCUCCUGCAGAACUUUUGCAGUCCAGACACACAAAACCUCUAGCAGAACCUUGUCCUUUUUUUAAAAAAACAGCUUGCUGUCGUUUUGGUGAUAACUGUUCUAGAAAUCAUGAAUAUCCAGGCAUUAGUAAGAUUCUUUUAGCACCAAACUUUUUUGCCCAUUUCGGUUUAAGCAAUGUCAAACCCAGUGAAUAUGAUACAGAUGUUAUGUUGGAGUAUGAAGAUAGUGAAACUUACAGAGAAUUUGUAGAAUUUUUUAAUGAUGUAACACCAGAAUUUGAAAAAUUUGGAAAAAUUAUUAGGUUUAAAGUUUGUAACAAUUACGAAAAACACCUUAGGGGAAACACAUACAUAGAAUAUGCUGAACUGCAAUGUGCGGUUGCAGCAUAUCGAGCUCUGCAUUCCCGGUGGUAUGGCGGGCGACAGCUCACUCUGCAGUUUUGUCGGUUAGACUCGUGGAGUAGUGCGAUCUGUGGUCUCGCUUCCACAAAUCGAUGCCCUAAAGGACUCGCGUGUAAUUUUUUGCACGUAUUUAGUAAUCCAGGCGAUAAGUUUGAAGAUUUUAGAAGCGACCGAAACAAAGAACUUAUGGCCAGAGCUACACCAAGCCGAAGUUGGAGAUGGUCUGAAUCUCCAGAAAGGACAAUUCCAAACAAGAGAGCAGAGCAUAUUCAUCGGAACCAUACAGAGGAUUAUAGAAAAAGUUAUAAGGAUAGCUCUCGCAGCAGACGUACAUCUAAGAAGUCCUCCAAAAAAAGGCAUAAAAAAUGAAGACGUAAUUUUAUUAAAAU